CCUACAUUCCUUUCAAACAUUUUGGACUGUAAUACUGCAAUGUCAACGUUCUUAAAUUAAAUAAGUAGAAAAAGAAGAUACACGUUUUGACAGUUAUCAAAAGCGCCAUCUGUAGCAAAUAAAAUAAAUUAAUUCUUUUUACUUCUCACAUAAACAGUCGGAAUGGCAGAUGCAGCGGCAAAGAAACCAAGGGCUGAAAAGAAGGCCGUAAAAGAAGGCGCACCGCCAAGUGAUAAACCUUCCGUUAAGAGACGCCCCUUGAAAAGGCACGGUCGUUUAUAUGCUAAAGCCAUCUUCACAGGUUACAAAAGGGGACUUCGUAAUCAACAUGAAAGCACAGCACUUUUAUCCGUUGAGGGUACCACAUCGAAACCAGAAAGUUGGUUUUACGUAGGAAAGAAAUGCGUAUACGUUUACAAAGCCAAAAACAAGACCUGUGUUCCUGGUAGACCCAAAUCUGUUAAAUCAAAAGUUAGGGCUAUUUGGGGAAAAGUGACAAGGCCACAUGGUACCAGGGGAGCCGUACGAGCCAGAUUUGAUAGGAAUUUACCAGCUAAGGCUAUGGGGCAUCGUAUUCGCAUUAUGCUGUACCCAUCCAAGAUAUAGUUUAUCUUUUUAAUACAUAUAAGAAAAAUUUGUAAAUUUGUUUUUCAAUAGAACGUUUAUUGAAUUUCUU